UCAAGAUCUCUCAAAAUGGCACCAAAGGUAGCCGGCAAGAAGGGCGAAAAGCGAGCUGGUAAGGCAAAGAGCGCCGCCGAAGGAGGAAAAGGUAAAAGAACUCGAAAGCGGAAGGAAAGCUAUGCCAUUUACAUUUACAAAGUCCUCAAGCAAGUUCACCCAGACACGGGAAUCUCUAGCAAAGCAAUGGGCAUCAUGAACUCUUUCGUGAACGAUAUUUUUGAACGGAUCGCCACAGAAGCUUCAAGACUGGCCCACUACAACAAGAAAUCGACCAUCAGCUCUCGCGAAAUUCAGACCGCAAUCAGGCUGCUUCUUCCCGGUGAACUGGCUAAACACGCUGUCAGUGAAGGAACCAAAGCCGUAACUAAGUACACGAGCAGCAAGUAAUUUACGAAAUCUGUUUGAAUUACGUGGGCCUCAAAGUCCAGAAAACCCAGAACGAUUCAAUAGAAUUGUGUUAGCGUGAUUGGAGGAUUGGAAUUGUUAUCGAUAGUAGCACGAGACUUGAUCGAGUUGCCCUCAACAAAGGCGCAAAAAAGUUGACAUUUUUAUCAAUUUUUACGUUCAAUUAACACGAUAAACUUAAAUCAUAGUCAUUUUUUAUGAGAAUUUGACCUGUUAUCUCAUUUCUCCAUGAAAUUUUUUUUCAUAUACAUGCUAGUUCAGAUGCCAAAUCUUAGCUGAUUGAUUUCACAGCCUGUCUUUGUCUUUGUGAAGUCCUAUAGCUUUCCUUGUUUUUAUUUUCCAGACGGAAGUGAACUGCAGUUUAAUAUUGUGUUUCAAUCAAAGUUAGGAUACAUGCAAUUGUUGUACGAGUCAGACUCUAAUAAAUUUGAUAUUCAGAUGUUGUCAGACCAACUGAGGUACAAUGUUGACCGAGUCAUGUUAAAAUGAUUUAUGUCGACGUGAUUAAUGUUUCCCAGUAAUCAAUUAUUAAACAAAUAAAGUGGGCAGAUGGAGUGAUUCUGUGAA